AUUGACAAGAACCUUUAUCCUGGUCUACCAAAAUUUUGUGCUAUUCAGAAUGAUAACCGCUGCCAGAGCAGUGCAAAGGCGAAUUUGCGAACCAGGUCAUAUGACCAAUAACUAAAACAAUUAAAAACAUAUGAAACUCGCUGUACAUCUAUCAAACGAUGCAAAGUUUCUUAAGGCGCGUGAACAAUAUGAAGAGUUAUAUAAUGAAAGUUUUUGCUUGAUAAAAAACAACAUUUCACACAUCUCUUCUGUUGUGCAGAUAACUAUUGAAACAAAUAAUAAUAUAAAUUGUGUGGUGAUCAUAGAAGAUGUCAGCCUACUAUUAUAAAGGAGAUGACAGGAACCAUAGAGGAGAUGAUAGGUACCUUAGGGGAGACGACAGGUAUCUUAGGGGAGACGACAGGUAUCUUAGAGGAGAUGACAGAUACUAUGGCGGGGAUGAUAGAUAUCGUGGAGUCGAUGAGAGAUACCACGAUGAUUCUCGUCAACGUGUUGGGUUUGUUAAUGGUCCACCGGAACGUGUUUACGUAGAAAGCAUCCAGAAGUCAAAAAACAGACAGAAGAUCUACUUGUUGUUAGCUUUAGCUUUCUUCUUGGCAGCUGCCACAACAUUUGCGGCUGUGUCGACCUCUUUACCACCUUGGUGGGUGCAAAAGAAAGGUACACCAGAAUAUGAGUGGUUACAGAUUGGUUUAUGGAAAUAUUGUGUGAAGUCUGAUCCAGCUGGUGGAUGGUCAUGUAAGAAAUAUGAGAGUGGAAUGCACGACACACCAUGGAAUGAUAUGGGUCUCGUCCAAAAAUUAAUGAUAGCUGGCACAGCUGUGUCUGCUUUAGCAUUCUUUUUUACGCUGAUCACAAUUCUUGGUAGAAACACUCCUUACUUUAAAUCCUACAUUUACACGGUGGGAUUCUUGGCUUUAGCGUCAGCUGUGUUAUUUGGAGUUUGCAUCGCGUACACAUCAGAAGAAAAGACAGAAAAAAAACUUGUUCCAGGAGCUGUUCUUUCAUCUGUUGGAGCAGACCUAGAAUCAUCAAUCAUGUUUUACUUCGCAUGUGUAUCUGCAGCAUGUGCGUUUGUAGCUGUCAUAAUCCCAGCAGUGUUUGUUUUUAUAAGUGAUGAUUACAUCGAGGAGACAUACCCUGACACGCCUGCUAAUAUGCUCCAAUUUGAAAAACCCUUCACAGAAUCAAGUCGAUGGGAUGACAGAUACAAUCAAGAAAUAUUUGAGAGAGAAAUCUCGCGCCGUGGAAGGAACAUGAUUCACCAACCAGAGAAUUACGGAAGACAAGAAUUAGCCUAUAAUGAUGGUGGUUAUAGAGAAAGAUAUGACUACAACGAGCAACCAAUAAAUAUGCGAGCACCUGCACGACCUUAUUUAGAACAAAGAGAUCUUGAAGUACCUAGAGAUAUUCCUGAAUACAGACCAAAUCUUAAUCAAGAGAGAAAUAUUCGCAGAGAUCGACCAAACUAUCAAGACACGAGACAAACUGUAUACAGAGAUAGAGGUAUCAUUAGUAGCCCUGAUUAUCCUAUAGAUGGUUAUGAACAGAGAAUGAAUCAAGUGUAUAACAAUCAAAGCUAUCAGGAAGCUCCCCAACCAGCUGUGAUCAGUUACAAUAGGACACAAGUAUCUAAUUUCGCUCAACCACCUAGUUACGAACGUCACCAAUCUCGUAAUUCAAACUACAUCCCAAUGACGCAAGUACCACAAUCACAACCGAAUUAUCCUUUUCAGCCAGCUAAACCUUAUCAACCACCUGUAUCUCAACCUCGCAUGGUGAUCAUGCCAAAACAACAAAAUACUGCGCCUCCAUCUGUCCAAUCUCCACCUGUCCAACCUCCACCUGUCCAACCUCGACCGCGCCCUACGAAAGAACAUACAAAGAAAGCAAGUAAAAAGUUGAACAAGACAGCCCAGUAUAUGCAAAGAGCACAAGACAGAAUUAACGAUCCGUAUGAACUAUACUUUGAUUCAGAAUACUAACAAUUUUACAAUUUUAAAGUUGUAUAUUAUGUACAGAUUUCGCAUCAAAAGAAAAGUCGUGGCCAGAUAUCCCUAAAACAAGAUUUCUAUUUUAAGGUCACUUUGUACGUACACAGGGAGAUGACCAUCACGUAAAUCCUGUAAUAAACGCCCGCCUGCCUUUUAACGCCCCUUUUAACCAUCCCUUUUUAAUAAAUAGUGGGUUUGUUUAUAAGAAGUAAUUUUUGUGAGAAGAAAGCAGAUUAAAUACACCUUUGAUAGAGAAAAUAUUAAACCUGUUGUUUGAGAAUUGGUAAUAUGAUGAUGCUUAGUUUUCGUAUCAUUUCAGAUUUAAUUUAAAAUGAAAAUCCUGAGGUUUAUAGCCUUAAAAUAUUAAAUAAACGACUAAGGCGUUUAUAAGGAGUUUUACAGUAUACAGGAUUUAGCAUUUUUCAUAUCAACAACAAUUGUAUUUUUAAGUUGAUUUGUUAUUUAGCUUUGUUGCAAUUUUUUCAGACACUCAGAUUUUUUAGAUACUUAUUCUCUCGUCCUGGUUUUACACGUAUAUCAAACUUUCCUUAUAACCAAUCCAUGACAUAACGACAGCUCAUCGAUUUUAAGAACUAAAUUCAGUCCCUCCUCUCUAAUGAAACCUUUGAUAUAACAAUUUUUCGUGUUUUUUUAUAUUGAGAGUUUAUUUAAACUAUUCUCGAUGUAUAUUUUGCGCAUGAACACUUUUGACAGUUAGUUUUGGUUUUAGCUUUUACUUUCUUAUCAUUCCUAUUUUUACUUUUAAUAUAGUUACAUAUUUUUUUCAUUUUACACAGCAUCCUUUUUGUUAUUACGUUGACAGGUUAACUAUUCUCGGUAGUUUUAAUAUAGUUACAUAUUUUUUUCAUUUUACACAGCAUCCUUUUUGUUAUUACGUUGACAGGUUAACUAUUCUCGGUACCGCACAGUUUAACCAAUACACUACAACAAAUCUUA